AUGAAAUCAACGGGGACGCAGGAUGGGAAGCAGAGCAGUUAUGGGUAUAGAGAGUGCAUAGUAGACGGUGCGUUAGCGCUAGUACUACGCAUCUCGAGAUGCUCAGGAGUGGCUCCUCUUUGCUUCACACCCGUGGAGACCGGGUGGCGUAUCGCGGUGUCGCCACGGCUUGCCUGGCUCCAGAACGUUUUUAUGACUGUUAUUAGUAUGGUAUGCCUAACAGCUGUAUUUCUAGACUUUCUAGAAGAUCCAGAUGAGCGUAUCCGUAUCGGCGAGUCUGCGGUGACAGCGUUUGUGUGGAUCGCCGAUUUCGUUCUGGUGCUGGCUAUAGCUAGCCUGGCUGUGUACCGAGGUUCUACACGGAUGGAGAGACUUAUUCGGCUGCUUACGGAGUUGCAACAGAUAGAUUUAGAUCUAAAUAACACCAGAUGUGUAAAAACAGAGAAGAAAGGGAUAUUAGUUGUGACCGUUAUGGUGGUGAGCAUUCUGUCCAUCCAGUUCGUUGAAGUCUACCUCAAGACGCAGUCGUUCAUUGAAAAGGAUUACAACUGGUCAAUAAUGAUUAUGUACAGCUCAUACUACGUGGCCAACUAUCUUGGUAUUCUGGCGCUGCUGCAGUGGGGCUUCGUAGCUCUGGCUUUGUACAGAGCCGCGGCUACCGUCAACCAACGGCUACUGAGGUUACACCACGAACACUUCGCCGCAUAUCCCCUGCAACUGCAAUCUAUGAUUCGCCGUCUCGCUUCCUCUUAUGGACACACCGGCGAGCUGAUGAGACAGAUGAACGAGAUCAACGGCACUAUCAUCAUAGCCAUCCUUAUGGCCGACUUUCUGCAUCUUGUGAUCACUCCGUACUACUUGUUGCUGAAUUUGGAUUCGAACGCAGGCAUGCUGCUGUCAGUGAUGAUACCGUUCCUCUGGAGCUUGAUGCACUCAGCUACGCUUAUGCUGACCGUGGAGCCCUGCCACUGGACGCAGGAGCAGAGAGAAACCACCAAGUUCCUGCUUAGCCGAGUGACAGUUCGCUUGGCACCAAAAAGCAAGCUUCUUGCCCGUGAACUAGACCAGUUCGCAAAACAGAUCGUACUAGCUAACGUCAAGUUCUCGCCACUUGGUGUGCUGACCCUCGGUCGACCGCUGGUUGCUUCGGUGCUCCAAGGUAGUCCAAGCAAGGCUUGUAAUAAGUUUCUGACACCUCUAGGUGGUUCAUAUUAG